GGCGUCAUUUCCGGUGGACCUCGGUCGCGGAGGGGGAAGAUGGCGGCCCUGGGAGAACCUGUCCGGCUGGAGAGGGAUAUCUGCAGAGCGAUCGAGCUGCUGGAGAAACUGCAGCGGAGCGGGGAGGUACCGCCGCAGAAGCUGCAGGCGCUGCAGAGAGUGCUGCAGAGCGAGUUCUGCAACGCCGUGCGAGAGGUAUACGAGCACGUCUACGAGACAGUGGAUAUCAGCAGCAGUCCCGAAGUCAGAGCCAAUGCAACCGCCAAGGCCACCGUGGCUGCGUUUGCAGCCAGCGAGGGGCACUCCCACCCCCGCGUUGUGGAGCUGCCCAAGACAGAGGAGGGGCUCGGCUUCAACAUCAUGGGGGGCAAGGAGCAGAACUCGCCCAUCUACAUCUCCCGAAUAAUCCCCGGCGGGAUCGCUGACCGGCACGGGGGCCUCAAGCGCGGAGACCAGCUGCUUUCUGUGAACGGCGUGAGCGUGGAAGGCGAGCACCACGAGAAGGCCGUGGAGCUGCUGAAGGCCGCCCAGGGCAAGGUGAAGCUGGUCGUGCGCUACACGCCCAAGGUCCUGGAGGAGAUGGAGUCGCGCUUCGAGAAGAUGCGCUCGGCCAAGCGCAGGCAGCAGACCUAGUCGCCGCAGCCCGCUCCCUCUACCCCACAGCAGGAGCUGUGCCCGAGCCCUCCCGGUGGCCGCCGGCCAGCGGUGGUGAGCGGCAGGCAGACUCCCGCGCAGCCCUUGCAUUUUAUAAACGCCUGUUUUCACCUCCCGUGUGGGUCCAGAGAUGCUUACGCUUUUUUGUGACAAGAAAAAGUCAAAGGUGACGAGGACAGUUCCGUCCUGCUGUUUUUACAGGCCUUUUUCAAAUGCAGAUUUUUGUCAUAAAGUUGUUAUAGAUUUUUAAAAAUGCUUUUUUAAUAUUAAGAUGUACUUUUACAUUCUUAAUCUUUUUUUAAGAAAAGAGUUCUCAUUUGGCUACUUAUUAAAAGUAACAGUUUUCCAAUUCUUUUUUUUCUUUUUUCUUUUCAGUAUUUUUUUUUAACCUAUGAAAUUUCUUUACAGUUUUCCAAGAAAUACACCUGGUAGUCCCCCCAGUAGCGGGUCAUUACCCCGUAGGCGCUAACAUCACUGUUGCAUUUUGUACUUUGAAUACACACAUGAUCCGUACAACCCACGGAAGCAAGCUCAGCACAUGGAGGUUUUUUACUUUUAUUUAAACAUAACGUGUAACAGACGUUCAUUUAUACUGAUUUGUAAGAGUAAGUUUUUAAACACUGAAGCAAUCAUUGCUAAAAUAUGUAUUCUUUCAUAAUUGAGCAGUGAGGCCAGAGGAUGUGAUUCUCAGCAUUCUUGAUGAUGUCCCUAUUUAUAUUCAACACUGUAAAUUAAAAAUGCAAGACGGUUUCGGAUUUCAUCCCGUGCAAGUAUUUUGAUGCUGGUCGAUGUUCUCUAGACCUCUCUCGUGUGUGAUGCCUCCUUGCCUGGACGUGAGCCGGGCAGUUUGGGGCAGGGCAGGGGCAAAGAAGAAACGGCCGCCUCCAGCCUCUCCCGCUCGGGCUCCAGGUCCCUGUGAGCUCAGAGAGAACUUAGGCGGGAAGAGGAGGGACACGAACCUCUGCAGACUGCCCAGGGCGUGAGCGCGCGGACCGACUCGCCCGGUGCGGGCUCGCAGAAGGUGCCGUCUGUGCCCUGUCCACUGGAUGUCGCUGUGCUACUGAAAACAGCUGCUCGGGCGAGCGGAAAUGAGAGGGGAAGCUCAUUUGCACUCACGGCUGGCGGGAGUUCCUGUACUGUGAAACACCGUGAGAUGACCGAUGCUGAAGCGAAGAUGGAUUGAAAAACAAAGACUUCGGCAUAAUUACCCAUUCUGUGUUGAAAAGAAGAAAAAAUGGGCAUUCUGUAACAUUCCUUCAGAAAGAAAUGUGUACCUUUUUCUGCAUGUUUGUGAGCACUGAGUCUUAAAUGGUUAUUCCAGUUCUCAGAGAUUCUUUGGAAUAAAAGCAUUGUUAUUUAUCAUUUAGGUAUUGAACACUGGAUUGCAUGGCUGAAUGUCUUUAGUCUGCUAUGAAAUGUGCUUGUCAUUGAUAGGGUCGUGUUGUUCAACUGUAUAUCUUCAAAAUUAAUUGAUGUGCUUUUCAGAUGUUGAGACCAAAGUAGUAUAGAAGAGUUAUGGGCUUAAUUUAAUUGUAAAGUUCUCGAGGUAUUUGUUGUAGAGCUGCAUAUAUUAAAGAGAGGUAUCGGUGCAUAUAAAAACUAUUUAUUGUUAUGCUUGUGUUCUUGCCUCCGGGGGAAGCGAGCCCAAGAAGUCUAACUUUAGUCCAGCUGCGGCUGCCGUAGCUUUUAAAGACGUAGCAACAUUUCACUGCAAGAGAUAGCUUCCUGGUUUAGUGUCUCAGCCGUUUGAGUACUUGCAGCCAGGUUCGGUCUUUUUGGUGUGGAAACUCAGUAUGUUGAGUCAGUUAUUUUUUUCCUGCAGUAAUCCACAAUCUGUUCUCCGUGGGUUGGCACCUGUUUAUAAUUCCUAAAAUAAGUGUCGCCGAAAGGCGCCCGGUGCAGUAGUUGCGCGUGGUGCCGUGGAGCCUGAGCAGCAGCAGCUGUUCGGGUGUCGCAGUGCCGUCUGCAGUGCGCCCCAGAACUGGGAGUCUUGGCGGGAAAACCCGUUCAGCGCAAGGUGCGCAACAGCAGCUGGGUACAAGAGCAGGCGAGGGCAUUCUCACCUCAUAAAUGGGCGGUUCGUAGAUAAAGCCGGGCGCGGAGUAAGUAGACAGUGUCUGCUUUGUAAAUUACACAUAUCCACUAACCGCCCCUCCCCCGCAGCUUCGCAGGUAUUUUCUUCCUAUUUCAGAAUGAGGUGCGCGGUGGUUCUGAGCCUGGCUCUGCAUUACACCGCCCUGCAGAGCGGGAAGCAUUUCCAUCCUUGCAUCUCCUCCCAUGUAACAGCUGAAUUAGACUUACUGCCUUUUGAAAAGAUGGUCCUCACAGACACCCAGGGCUGAGAACUAACUGCUGGUCCUUCUGUGUGAUGAUCGCACUGCACUGGACUCUGUUUUGCGAGGAUCAGAAGAGAAUCAUUCUGCAGCUACUUGAUGGGUCGUAUUUGUUAGAAAUUUCUUGAGGAAUAAAAGGUACCUGGUGGUCCUCAUUUGGAAAAUAAUAAGUGUACCUUUUUUUAAAAACAACUGAAACCUGCCGGUAGCUUAAGUAUGCAUUACUGACGUUUCACCUGCCCCCUUUGCCUUUACGAUUGACACAUAAACAGCUUACUAGUUGAAAAGCAUGCUUUGCCAUUGCGGACGAGCUGCAACCUGCGGUCUUCGUGGGGCCGCUUCGUCCAUCACUGCGAUCUGAGGGCACGGGCCUUGUUCUUCACGGUUUGAUCCAGGUGCGUUUUUGAAAACGUCACUGCUGCCCUUGUAUGGUUUUUUAGGGAUUUUUGCUCAAGUCUAGUUUGGCUCGAGUACUUGGUUGACGAUUCAAAUAGACAUCGUAGCGUUUCACAGGCUGCGGCUCCGACUUAGCGGGAAGGACCUCACAUGCCGCGCUGGAGGCGCUGGCCGUCUGUCUGACUGCUUUACGGUGUGGAACGAUACGGAAAUGUCCGGGACUCUGGCAGUCGUGUUUCCUGAAUAAAUGUGUGUUCAUGAAUUUUCAACUUAAA